AUGAACAAUUUUAAGACAUGCCUAGGCAAUCAACUAAACCCCGAAGAUUGGGGUUGGAAAUUAUCAGACAAUAUUUUGGAACCGAUUCAAACUAUCCUCCCACCUGCUCCAGGAAAACUCAUAAACACUAUUUUUUGCAAUUAUAAAAAAGGUUGUAGUGCUAAAUGUGACUGUAGAAGAGUAGGGUUGUGUUCACCAGCGUGUACUAAUUGCCAAAACCAGUCUUGGCCGAAUGUUAUAGACGAAGAUUUGUGUGAUAUCGAUGAAGAGACUGCUGAUUCAUCUUCAGUUGAACAAUUUAUAGACAUCCAGCAAGAAGAAGAGAAAGAAAAAGAAGCAAUCGAAGAAGACAAGACUGUUGAAGUAGAAUUUGAAGAGUAUGAAUAA